AUGGGCCCACCUCUGCCCUCAGGGUAUAAGAACAUUGAAAACAUACUCGGUGGUGAUGUCCCCAUUGGGAGCCUUAUCAAUGUCUGCGGCGUGGUCAAAGACCAGCGCCUCCCUAGAGAAACCGGCGGCCGGGAACACAAGUCCACGCUCGCCUUGGUUGACCUCUCCGUUGAAGACGACAUGUUUGGACUUGACAUGAAUAUAUUCCGGCCACUUUCCAGCAUGCCUCAAGUUUCCUGCGGUGACAUCGUCGUUGUAAAGCAAGCAAAGGUGCAGAAAUAUCUCAACAAUCCGGUAUCGCUCAUCACCAACAUAGCCACAUCGAUACGGGUGUAUUCGGCGUCCAAGAUUCCAAAAUGGCCUAACCCAGCCGACUGUGCCCUGACACCCGCAACGGGAACGGACAAGCAUGUGCCUAAACCCGAGGAGAACGUCUACGUUUCGUACCUACAUGCCAAAUUCAACAAGUACGCCCUUCCUACGGAGGAAGAGUUUCGCAGGAAACAAGAGCAAUCGAUGAACUUCAAAUCCAAGUUCAGCCUCCUCCAAGAUGUGACCGAGGGACAGUUCUGUGAUUUGAUAGUGCAGGUGGCCCGCGAUCCACAUCAUGACUUCGAGAAGUCCACCAUCUACGUCUCCGACUACACCGAGAACCCAAAUUUCUACCCUCGCGUCUGGCAGGAUUCACCCGACCCGGCGUCCAUGGGUGGCGAUCCGUACGGCUACACCGCAGGCGAUGGUCCCGAGGUGGCCACUAAGGAGUGGGUAGGGCCGUACGGGAAAAUGUCAAUCCAGGUCACCUGCUACGAGCCGCAUGCCUUUGUCGUCCGCGAGGAAGUGAGAGCGGGCACGUGGGUGAAGCUGCGCAACGUACAGAUCAAAUACGGGAAUAAUGGCCAGAAUCUCGAGGGCUUCAUGCGCGGAGAGCAGAAUGCUAGCACCGGGAGGGUCAACGUGGAUGUUUUUGAGAUGGAUGCACAAGACCCCGAAACGGUAGACCCGAAGCUGAAAGAGGCGCUUCGAAGAUGCCGUGAUUAUCAGCAGAAGAAGAAACAACAGAUCAAGGAGAUCCAAGCUGCAAAGCAGGCAGGGCAAAAGCGCAGAAGCCUCGGCGUUUCGUCGGAGAAGGAAGAACGACCCCCCAACAAAAAAGAACGCCGCAAGAACCGGCCUCAAGCGGCAAAAGGCCGGGAAGACGACAAACGCCUUCCCGGAGAAGCACUCCCCGACCUGAAUGCUCUGGUAUCAUGCGAGAACCACGACGUCCCGCCAGCCACCAUCGAAAACAUCCUUAAACCACACACCUGCGAAACGAUCAUAGACGGUAAAACCGUCAACAUACCCCUGCCAUUCGUCUGCGCCAAUUACCAAACCCGGGUCCGCGUGGUCGACUUUUUCCCGCGCUCCCUCGAACAAUUCGCCUGCAGCCGCAAAGUGAACGAGUACGCCAUACUUUCAGACAACGAGGACGAUAGCGACUCCGGGUCCGACGAAUCCGCCUCGUCCAGUGACUACGAUGGCAGCGACGGCGGAGGCGGCAGUAGACGCACCUGGGCAUGGCGCUUUGCCCUGCAGCUCGAGGAUGCAUCCCCGCCCGAUUCCUCUGCCGGCCCUCCACCACGGCUCUGGGCCUUGGUCGAUGACCUCGAGGGGCAAUGUCUGGUCGGCAUGGGAGCGGGGGAUCUCAGGCGGAAGCCCAGGCUGCUGGACCAACUGCGCGAGACCCUUUUCACGCUGUGGGGGAAUCUCGAGGAGGUCAAAUCACAGCAAGCUGCUACUGCCGAAAAGGUGCAAACAAGUAAUCGGGCUCGGCAACAACAAUGCCUCGGGGGACGGCUGCCGAAACCACCAUUGGACAGCUCCCUCCCACCAAACACUCCAGUCAUGCCUAGGAUCGAGGCGGAAGUCUCAAAUAAGCCGUUCACAUGUUGCCUCAGGCAGUACGGUGUUCAGGAGAACGAGGAGGGGGAAGGGGAGGAUACAGAAAGGGAAUGGAUCCGGUGCUUUGGAUUGUUUGGGACUAGGAUCAUUAGGUAG